AUGUGUGGUAUUAUUGGUUUAAUAUUGGCGAACCCCUCGGGCUCUGCCGCCGUCGACCUUCACGAGGCGCUUUACCUUCUUCAGCAUCGAGGACAGGAUGCUGCUGGUAUCGCGACUUGUGCGGCAGGUGGUCGCAUCUUCCAGCUGAAGGCCAACGGUAUGGCGGCCAAGGUCUUCAAUGACGGUGCUAGGGUGGCCGAUCUUCCAGGCUCGAUGGGCAUUGGACAUCUAAGAUACCCCACUGCCGGAAGCAGUGCGAACGCCGAGGCGCAGCCUUUCUACGUGAACAGCCCCUACGGUAUCUGCCUGGCCCAUAACGGAAAUCUCAUCAAUGCUCCCGAGCUGAAGAAAUACCUGGAUCUGGAGGCUCAUCGUCACAUCAACACCGACAGCGAUAGCGAGUUGAUGUUGAACAUCUUCGCCGAUGAGGUUAGCAAGACCAAGAAGGCGCGUGUCAACAAGGAAGAUCUUUUUGUUAGUCUGAGCCGGGUAUACGAGAGAUGCCAGGGUGGCUGGGCUUGUACCGCAAUGCUGGCUGGCUUUGGUAUCCUUGGUUUCCGUGACGCAUAUGGUAUCCGUCCCCUGGUCAUUGGCUCCAGGCCCUCAUUGGAUGGCCCUGGCACGGACUAUAUGAUGGCAUCCGAGUCUGUUGCUUUGCAGCAGCUUGGUUUCAGUAACAUCCGUGACAUCCAGCCUGGUGAAGCCGUCAUCAUUCAGAAAGGCCAGGAGCCUGUCUUCUGUCAGGUGGCGCCCAAGAAGGCAUAUGCUCCGGAUAUCUUCGAAUAUGUCUACUUUGCUCGUCCUGACUCCGUCAUCGAUGGUAUCAGCGUCUACCGAAGCCGUCAACGCAUGGGUGACCACCUCGCUGCUCGGAUUCUGGACGUUCUCGGUCCCGAAGUCGUCAAGGAUAUUGAUGUUGUCAUUCCCAUUCCUGAAACAUCGACCACCUCGGCUGCCGCAGUCGCUCGCUUCCUAGACAAGCCUUACUGCCAGGGCUUCGUUAAGAACCGAUACGUCUUCCGCACCUUCAUCAUGCCCGAGCAGAAGACUCGGCAAAAGGGUGUCCGUCGCAAGUUGAACGCCAUGCAAGCCGAGUUCAAGGACCGAAAUGUCCUUCUGGUUGAUGACAGUAUCGUGCGUGGAACCACGAGUCGGGAGAUUGUCAUGAUGGCGAGAGAAGCUGGUGCGAAGAAGGUCUACUUCGCCAGUUGCGCGCCGGAAAUCACACAUGCACAUGUUUACGGUAUCGACCUGGCAUCCACCAGCGAGCUUGUCGCGCAUAACCGCAGCGUUGAGAGCAUUGCUGAACACAUCGGUGCCGACAGCGUCAUUUACCAGACUCUGGAUGACUUGAAGGGUGCUUGUGCCGAGAUUACCAAGGAGAACGGACUGAGCGAGCCUGUCAAUUUUGAAGUGGGCGUCUUCUGCGGCAACUAUGUCACACCUAUCUCGGAAGGCUACUUUGAACACCUUGAGAAGAUUCGAGGCGAAGGUCGCAAGAUCAAGGCCGUUGACCGUGCCAAGGAAGCCGUCGCUCAUGGCUUCGCCAAUGAAAAGGACUUCCAAAUUGCUGCGAACGGCGUCAGGCUCGACCAGGACGGCAAGAUCAUUCCUGCCAGGUACCCGGGAGAGUCCGAGGUGCCUCAGGUCGGCCUCAACCCUGGCAAGGAGUCUGAGGAACACGAGGAAGAACACCCCCAAGUUAAGGAUCGCAUGGAUAUCAGUAUCCACAACAUUGGUGAUCACUGA